UGCCGGGAGGAGGGAACGGGAAGGCGGCAGCGACAGCAGCAGCAGGAGGAGGGCGGGCAGGCAGGCAGGCAGGCGGCGACCGCGACACCGCCACCAGCCGGAGGCCGCUCGCCCGCGCUCCUGCGGCAGAGGCGGGCAGCCGGGCGCACCGUGCCCUCCGCCUCCUGGCCGCGCCGUGCGGCUCCGCGGCCCCGCCAAGAUGUCUCGGGAGCCCGGCUGCAGCCGCUGGCUCCUCUUCGCUGCCUGCGCCCACCUCGUCUUCCUUCUCUCGUCGCUCCGCGCCCGGGCUUUUGCUGUAAGUGUAGUUUCUGAAGGUGCAGAAGAUGAGACUGAACUACCAGUGCUGCAGAACUCUGAAAAAAGUAGAACAAUUAGUAAAAUAGGCAGAGAAUUAAAAGGAAUUGUAUUUGUCAUCCAGAGUCAAAGUAAUUCUUUUCAUUCCAAGAGAGCAGAAGAUCUAAAAAGAGAUAUUUUGAAACAGGCUGUAGAUCUUGGAAAGGAAUUGCCUACGGUUCUGCUUAUUCAUCAGAUCGACAGACAUGAAGGUGCAUGGACAAUAUUGCCAUUAAUGACAGACUUCUCUGUUACCUAUGGUAGGAACUCCUCAUGGAUUUUCUUCUGUGAAGAAGAUACAAGAAUACAGGUCAUAAAACUGGUAGAAACACUCAGAAGAUUUGACAAGUCUAAGGAGUGGUUUUUAGGUAAAGCAUUAUAUGAUGAAGAAUCUACAAUAAUUCACCAUUAUGCCUUUGCUGAAAAUCCUACAGUCUUUAAAUUUCCGGAUUUUGCUGCUGGUUGGGCACUUAGCAUUCCACUUGUUAACAAGCUUGCAAAGAAGUUGAAGAGUGAACCACUCAAGUCAGACUUUACAAUAGAUUUAAAGCAUGAGAUUGCCCUGUACAUUUGGCAGAAAGGGGAAGGACCACAUCUUACUCCAGUGCCCGAGUUCUGCACAGAUGAUAUGAAUUCGUAUAAGGUUGAUCACUGUGCAACAACAUUCAGUAAUUUUCUGCCACUUUGUGGAGAGCCAGUGAAUAAGGAAGAUGUUUUUGUUGCUGUAAAAACAUGUCGAAAAUUUCAUGGUGACAGAAUACCAGUUGUAAAGCAGACCUGGGAAAGAGAAGCUGCCCUUAUUGAAUAUUACAGUGAUCAUGCAGACAUCUCCAUUCCUACUAUAGACUUAGGCAUACCUAACACUGACAGAGGUCACUGUGGGAAAACUUUUGCCAUUUUGGAAAGGUUUUUGAAUCAUACUUCUCCCAGAACCCCUUGGUUAGUUGUAGUGGAUGAUGACACACUGAUAAGUAUAUUCAGGCUCCGAAAAUUGCUCAGCUGCUAUGACCCAAAUGAACCAGUAUUCCUUGGAGAGCGUUAUGGCUACGGCUUGGGAACAGGAGGAUACAGUUACAUCACUGGUGGAGGAGGGAUGGUUUUCAGCAGAACAGCUGUUCAGAAGCUGCUUGCUAGCAAGUGCCGGUGUUACAGCAUGGAUGCACCUGAUGAUAUGGUCCUUGGGAUGUGUUUCAGUGGCUUAGGAAUCCCUAUAACACACAGUCCACUCUUUCAUCAGGCAAGGCCAAUGGACUACCCAAAAGACUACCUUUCUCACCAAAUUCCAGUAUCAUUUCACAAGCAUUGGAAUAUUGAUCCAGUGAAGGUGUAUUUCACAUGGCUGGCACCAAACACAGAAGAGUCAAGUAAUGGAAAAAAAGUUGGAUAUAACAGAGAGGAUUUAUAAGCAGUAGAAGAAUGUAAGUGUUAAUUACUGUUCUACGGCUGAGAGAUAGUCACUACUGUGAUUUUUGUUUUGUUUUCACGUUGUUCAUCUGUUCAUGACAUAGGAAGACAGUGUUUUGUUCCUGUUGGUUGCAUCCCUUCAGAACAAUGGAAGAAGGCACUUAAAUGACUUUUGCAUUCUUUUCCUCCACUUGCUUUCUUUUUAGAAUGAUUUUGGGGUUUGUAUACCAAGGAACUUGACUCACAUUUAAGUCUUGCGCAACUUUACCUGUGUUCUGCUUUGGACUUGGUUCAGACAGCAUUCUGUUCCUUUGCUCUCUCAAAAGCUGAAUUUAUGUAUUUGGGAGCCUAAUAUUGAAUAAGAGUUGAACAUCUGUUCAACAUCAUCUCUCGCUGACUUACAGAAAACAGUUAUCUAAAAGGUUCUGGAACAGUUUCUUGAUAAAUCUUAGAGGACACUUGACUUUUUUUCUGCAACCAGGAGCUAGAUUGUGUAAAGGUUGUGCUCCUUAUGCUCAUUUCUGAUAGAAAUACUGUCCUUUGCUGGAGUAGCUGGACCAGGCAUGAAACCACUGUUGUACCUUUUAAGUUUAUUGGCAUUUGUGUGGAAUGUCUUGUACAAAAUGGAAAAAAAGGUUAAGGACAGGGAUCUCUUAGGUGGCCACGGGAGGUCACUGUGGCUCUUUUAGAAACCCAAGUCUCUGUGCAUCAAUUUGGCAAACAUAUAAGUGACUCUUAAGGAUUUUUGCAGAACUAACAUUUCAGUAUUUCUGAUGCGUGCAUUUCAAUAGCAUAUGAAUGCUAGCUUUAAAAAUUUUGUAGUAUCCCUAAUUUAUAUCAUCAAGAUAAGUAAUUUUAUGCAUACAACAUGUAAAGUGUGAUUCAUAUUUAAAACGUUCUUGAAUUUUUUUUAGUAAUUCAGUUUUGUAAAAAAGUUUGUACAAAAACUGGCUUUAGUAUGUUCUAAACUAAUUUUUAUAUUGUAAGACUGCUUCUUUUAAAAUUACAGUAUAUGGCACUUGGAUGCUGUUAUUUAACUUGGCUUGCUAUAUUGUAACCAAAUACAGGGUCUUAAAGCCAUACUGCUGAAGUAAUUGGCAUUUUGGUUCCUUUUAGUAGGUUAAAAAUUUAUUCCACUCCAAAGAAAAGCAAUAAUUGCUCUAGAGUCGAAGUAGGGGAGCCACUGAUUCCUGUCUCGGUAAUCACCGAAGUUGUAUAAACAUUUGUUUGUGAAUGUAACUUGUGGGUUUCUAAGCGUUGAAUAGCAAGCGCAUAAUCAUAAUAGAUUAAAAUUCCAAUUAAGAAAGAGCAAUCCAUGUUAUGUCUUUUUUAGUUCCCACUACCAGUGCCUUAAACAGUAGACAUUUUACUGAUAUCAGGACUAUGUUCUAUGAUACCAUUGGUGAAUUGUUAAUUGUGUUUACUGUUUAGAACUGUGAAAGCUGAACGCUGAAUAAAAGCAUUCUUUAACCUUUUGUGCCUUCUUGCUCUUUGCAAACCAAGUACAGGAUUCUUUAAGUGCCAGUGAAGUAAGUUCAUCGCCUUAAUUGUAAUUACUGUCAGUUUUAUUAAAAGGCAGCGUAAUCUUUGGGGUUUUUUCAUCUUCUGUCCUGACCUCCAUAUUAGGUCGGUUUUCAGCCUCUAGUUUUGUUCAAAUGAAAAAUGCUGUUUCAAUGAACACCUUGUGAUUGGGAGCCUUGAUGCUGUCACAAAACAUAUUUCACUAUCAAAUUCUCCAAAGGUCUUGCAACUCAGUCCAGUCAGGUCCAACUUCCAACUGGUGAUAUUUAAUCUCUCCUUGGGCCCUGUGGAGGCAGACUAGAUCAACAAAAGAUGAUUAGAUUUGAGUCCAGGCUAUGUUGUACAUGUAGACUGCUUAUUUAGAUGUGGGAAGUCAUUGACUCAUUGAUUGAUUGCUUACUUUUAUUUCUAGUUUGACAAAUGGACAGUAGCUGUCCUGAAGUCCAUCUUUUCCCUUGCUGUUAGCUCUGGGUUUUACUGCAAGGUUUCUGGAGGUAUUAGUAAGCAUCAGACUUCUGAUUUUAGUCUCCAUAGUUUUGAAGGCAACAAAGCCAUAAUUUGCUCAAGUAUUUUUCCCCCAAAACUCUGACUUUUGAGACACUGCAGCAGCAUGACACAAAUGACCUUUUAAUCCACCACCUAAAUAAGAUUUUUUCAAGCAAAGAAUCACAAAGAGUUUAUAUAGACAAGACAUGAAGUCUUCUAUGUGAACUUGAGUUUUAGAAGACUCAGGAUGACUGUUACUAGCUGAAACCUAAGGACAAAACUGUGUGUUAAUGAGCCUGAACAGUACUAAUGUUUCUAAUGAAAAUCAAGUGGAUUAUAAAUGGUGUGAUGUUAAAGAAAAUUAAUUGAAGUGGCGUUCACAGCUCACUUGGUAGCAGGCAGAUUUGAACAGGUCUGCAAAGUUGAUUGACUGGUUGAAGUUUCCUUUUCUGGGACAUUGCAAG